AUGGCUGAGGAAAGACUUGUAGUUCUAAACCGAAGUGACAACUUAGGUUUCGGAUUUUCUUUGCUGAGUGAAGCCGGUUCGCCUCACAUAAUUUACAAAAUUGAAGAAAAUUCUCCAGCAGCACGCAGUGGCGAGGACUUAAUUAAGAAUGUACUUGUCCUACCCAUUUUGGAAGUUGCUGUUGUUAACCAUGAAAUGGAAGCUAAAAUGUCAUAUGUGGAGUUGAUUUAA